AGGCCUGGUGAAGUGGACGGAGCGAGGAAAGCGCGCCUUCAGGGGAGUGGGUGGGGCCAGGUUAAAGACGGUGGCGUCACAUCCGGCAGCGUUAGACCGGUGCGGAGGUGGUGCGGAGCGUGUCGGCUUUGAGCUACUCUCCAAAGUGUGUCGUCGCGCUAGGCUGCGGCGGAGCCUCUGUAAGGAAGGCGGGAGCUUGACAGCUUCAGUAAAGGCCAGUAGCGGUGACAGCAACCCGGAGUCAUGAGCGAUAGCGGCGAGCAGAACUACGGCGAGCGGGAAUCCCGUUCUGCUUCCCGAAGUGGAAGUGCUCACGGAUCGGGGAAAUCUGCACGGCAUACACCUGCAAGGUCUCGUUCCAAGGAAGAUUCAAGGCGUUCUAGAUCAAAGUCAAGGUCCAGAUCUGAAUCUAGGUCUAGAUCCAGAAGAAGUUCUAGAAGGCAUUAUACAAGGUCACGAUCACGAUCUCGCUCCCAUAGACGAUCCCGGAGCAGGUCUUACAGCCGAGAUUAUCGCAGGCGCCACAGCCACAGCCAUUCUCCCAUGUCUACUCGAAGGCGUCAUGUUGGGAACCGGGCAAAUCCUGACCCCAACUGUUGUCUUGGAGUGUUUGGGUUGAGCUUAUACACCACAGAAAGAGAUCUCAGAGAAGUGUUCUCUAAAUAUGGCCCCAUUGCUGAUGUGUCCAUUGUAUAUGACCAGCAGUCUAGACGUUCAAGAGGAUUUGCCUUUGUAUAUUUUGAAAAUGUAGAUGAUGCCAAGGAAGCUAAAGAACGUGCCAAUGGAAUGGAGCUUGAUGGGCGACGAAUUAGGGUUGAUUUCUCUAUAACAAAAAGGCCCCAUACCCCAACACCAGGAAUUUAUAUGGGGAGACCCACUUAUGGCAGUUCACGCCGCCGAGACUAUUAUGACCGAGGAUAUGAUCGGGGAUACGAUGACCGGGACUAUUACAGCAGAUCAUACAGAGGAGGUGGUGGAGGAGGAGGUGGAUGGAGAGCAGCUCAAGACAGGGAUCAGAUUUACAGAAGACGGUCACCUUCUCCUUACUACAGUCGUGGAGGAUACAGGUCACGUUCUCGAUCACGAUCCUACUCACCUCGUCGCUAUUAAAGCAUGAAGUUGAAGACUUUCUGAAACCUGCCAUAGAGCUGGGAUAUUGUUUGUGGA